CCCGCCCCAGCUCCGGGUCCCUACGCCUGACCCCUGACCCUCGCCCCGGAAGUCGAGGUGACUCGGAAGUUCCGGCUCGGUCGCUAGGAAACGGGUCGGCCCGACGUGCGGGGCGGGGCUUCUCGCCCGGGUCUGCGAGUUGGGGGAGGCAGGUGAGGCAGGAAAAUGAGCAGCAAGAAGGGGGGUGCCAAAGCUGCACCAUCAGGGAAGCGGCAGACAUCCAUCCCUGGAGCCAGGCCGGGAGCCCCGAGAGCCAUUGCCGGGAAGCCGGGAGCGCACCGCCAGCCGCCAGGGCAGAGGGAGACCGGCCCGCAGGCCGAGGCCCCCGCAGGGCCCGCCGUGGAGGAUCGAGCGGCCACGAUCAUCCAGUGUGCGUUCCGGCAGCUCCUGGCCCAAAGGGCCCUGGCCCGCCGCCGGCAGGAGCACCGCAACUACCUGCAGCGCGUUGAACGGCUGGAGAGGGAGGCCUUCGUGGCCCUGGUGCGGAGGGAGCAGGAGGCGGCGCGAAGGCGGCGGGAGGCGGAGGAGGCGGCUGAGCGGCGGAGGCAGGAGGAUCGACAGCGCGGGGCGCGGCUGCGGGAGGCGGCCUUCGCCGGGGACCUGGGCGAGAUCAAGGCGGUCCUGCGGGAGGUGGACGAGCUGCUGACUCGCGAGGGCGUGGGCCACGACGAGGCGGGGUUGGCGCUGCGGCGGCGGGGGCGCGUGGCCCUGGUGGAGAGCGAGGACCGCAGCGGGAACACGCCGCUGUCGGAGGCGGCGGCCGGCGGGCAGGCCCUGGCCAUCCGGCUGCUGGCCGAGCAGGGAGCCAGCCCCAACAGCAAGGGCGCCUACGGCCGGACGCCGCUGUACCGGGCGGCCUUCGGGGGGCACCUGGAGGCUGUGGAGGCGCUUCUGGAGCUCGGAGCGGACCCCCGGGUGUACGCAGAAGACGGUAGCACCCCCGAGCAGGUGGCCUCCCUGGACGCCGUGGUUAGUGUGCUGAGGUCCUGGGACCUAGGCCUCACUGAGGCCAUGCUGCAGAGCAUGGAGGCCGAGCGGCAGCGCCGGGCCCGGGAGGCCGAGCGACAGGAGGAGGCACAGGCCAAGCGCCUGAAGUCCCGAGUGCAGCAGCUGGCUAAGGAAGGGCAGCGGCGCCACAGAGAGCUGCAGCAGGCCUACUGUGAGCUCAACCAGAGGAUCACGGAGCACGACAAGUGUGAAGGGAGGCGCCUGGGCCGCACUGAGCUCACGCUGCAGGCCAUCAAGGACGCGGAGGCCCAAGUGGACAGGCUACGUCUGGAGGCUCAGAAGGCGGAGGAGACGCUGGCCAUGGCCAGGCUGGAGCUGCGGGAGCAGACCCAGGAGGGGGAGGAGGAGGAGGACGAGGAUGCAGCGGCGGCGCCGGGGCUGAAAUGCCAGGUCACUGAGCUGCACGACGUACUAAUGAAGGAUGUGGGCGACCGCAUCCGCGCGGAUGGCAGGUGGCCUCUUGUCAUCGACCCUUCGGGCCAGGCAGCCACCUUCCUGCGCUACCAGGACACCAACUACGUGGACGCGGUGAACCCGGACCACUUGCGGCCGGAGAGGAUCCGGCUGGCGCUGCUGGGGGCACUCAGGUAUGGGAAGCCGCUGGUGUUCGACCUGCGCGACGUGGACCUGUUCCCCGCCGUGCGGCAGCAGCUGGAGGCGGUGCAGCCCGGCCUGGCGCAGGAGCUGCUGGGCCGCGGGCUCCUGGAGCGGGAGCGGUACCUGUCGCUGGUGCGGCCCGCCGACGGCCCCGAGUACGGCCCCGCCGGGUUCCGGGAGGCGCGCCUGCGGCACUUCCGCCUUCUCUUCGUCACCAGGGCUCAGCGGCCGUCGGAGGAGCAGCUGCGGGUGUUGCUCCCGGUGCGCGUGCAGCUGCCCCGCGGGGGCCUCUAGCGCCCGGCCCAAUAAAGUCGGCCCCGGGAUGCGGGGCCGUGACCCCCAGGACCGUA